AUGUGGCUUGUAACUUUACUCCUGUUGUACUCUCUCCAAGAAGUACACAGUGAGGAUGUGGGCUCCACCAGGCUGUACUUUGUGAAUGCCUCCCUGCAGAAGGUAACCUAUUCCAGCUCGGUGGGGGUGUCCCUGCCCUGUCCAGCAGGGGGCACCCCUAGUGCCAUUCUGCGCUGGUACCUGGCGACCGGCGACGACAUCUAUGAUGUCCCCCACAUCCGCCAUGUGCACGCCAAUGGGACGCUCCAGCUGUACCCCUUCUCCCCGUCCGCGUACAACAGCUACAUCCAUGACAACGACUACUUCUGCACUGCGGAGAACCAAGCGGGCAAGAUCCGCAGCCCCAACAUCCGCAUCAAAGCUGUUUUCAGGGAGCCCUACACUGUCCGCGUGGCAGACCAGCGCUCGAUGCGGGGAAACGUAGCAGUGUUCAAGUGCCUGAUCCCCGCCGCGGUGCAGGAGUACGUCAGCGUGGUGUCCUGGGAGAGAGACACUGUGUCCAUUGUCCCAGGUAACAGGUUCUCUCUGACCUCCUUUGGCGCUCUGUACAUCUCAGAUGUUCAGAAGGAGGAUGCCCUCUCCACCUACAGGUGUAUUACCAGACACAAGUACAGUGGCGAGACACGCCAAAGCAAUGGAGCCAGGCUCUCUGUUAUGGACCCCAAUGAGUCCUCUCCCACCAUCCUAGACAGUUUUCAAGCAGGAGAGGUGUACGCAGGUCAGAGCAUCGAGCUCCCAUGCAUAGCAGGAGGUUACCCCAGCCCCACAGUGCGCUGGCUCAAAGAUGGCCGGCCACUGCCUUCAGACGCCCGCUGGACUCGGCGUUUGACUGGACUGACCAUCAGCGACCUGCGCCAGGAGGACAGUGGCAGCUACGCCUGUGAGGUCACCAACAGCUUUGGCUCUAAAGAGGUGUCUGGACAGCUCCAUGUUAUAGACCCCCUGCGAGUGACCUUGUCCCCUAAGAACUUGAAGACGGGCAUCAGUAGUACGCUCUUCUUCACCUGCUCUGUGGAGGGCUCCCCUGAAUACACCAUCAGCUGGUAUCGAAACACAGAGCCCAUUGUCCCAGACCAGCACAUGUCCAUCCAGGGCCAGCACAAUGACACCCUUCAGAUCACUGCAGCUCAGAAGUUACACUCUGGGGCGUACCAAUGCUUCGCCACCAGAAAGGGCCACACCUCUCAGGACUUCUCCAUUAUUUUACUUGAGGAUGGAACUCCUCGUAUUGUGUCUUCCUUCAGUGAGCGUGUGGUCAACCCUGGCGAGCCUUUCUCUCUCAUGUGCAGCGCAAAAGGAGCUCCUCCACCCUCCAUCACCUGGACUUUGGACGAUGAGCCCGUGGUGCGAGACUCCACCUACAAGACUAGCCAGUACACGCUAUCGGACGGCCUGACCGUGUCUCAUGUGAACGUCAGCAGCCCACUCAUUCGAGAUGGAGGAGUAUAUCGCUGUGUCGCACGCAACUCGGCGGGUAGCGCAGAGUACCAAGCGCGCAUAAACGUAAGAGGUCCACCCCGAAUCAGACCCAUGCGGGACAUCACAGCAGUGGCCGGCAGAAACACCUAUAUCACAUGCCGUGUGAUUGGCUACCCCUAUUACUCUAUCAAGUGGCUUAAAGACGGCAUGCAGCUGCCCGAUAAUCAUCGCCAAGUGAUAUUUGAGAAUGGCACUCUGCGUUUGACAGAUGUACAGAAGGGAGCUGAUGAGGGCACCUACUUGUGUAGUGUGCUGAUCCAGCCCCAAGUGUCAAUCAACCAGACUGUUCAUGUCACUGUCAAAGGUAUGUAUUAUUACCCCCACCCCAACCUCCAUUACUAUGGCAACGGACUGACUUCCUCCUGCCAAUUGGACUCUAACCAGAACGGCUAUUAUGGGCAGCAGGAUGGGGCUGAGGGGGGCCGAGAAGAGGGGCCCAAUGGCCAAUGA